UUUUAACAGUAGAGGGCAGCAAACGAAAUCCGGCAAUCAAGAUGGAGACCGGAAAGAAUGCUAGACGAAGAAAGUAAAUAAUAUUGCAAUUCUUUAUAUGCCAAAUUGUGCAUAUAAGCAUUAUAUAAACAAAUGACAGCAUUUUUCACUUAAGUGCCUUCCAUAUUCCUGCCUGCACAUUUUUAAGGACAUGGUUUGACAAAUAUUAGAUGUUAAUAUAUUAUUAUAAGUGAUGAAAACUUACAAUGAAGAGGCUUCGUCGUCGAAUUUCUCAUACUCUUCAUGCUCCACGACUGAAUAGUGAUGAACGUCUUUCUGAACUAGCAGAAAAUCUCUCUAUCAGAGAGAAUGGUGAUAUUAACAAAAAUGGAAAUCAACAGCUUAGUUUUUUAAAUCGUGCAAGUCAUCAGCUUUCUUUUUCUACUUCCCGUAUCGCAGAUGUACACAAUUCUGUUUCAGGCAUAGUCCUUGAACAUCCUCAUAUUGGAUCUGAUGGAGAGAGUGAAGAAGCAUCUGGUGCUUCAGAUGAAGUUGUAUCUCCUGUUAAGUUAAGGCCUAAAAAUAGGAGGUUAAAUCAACAUGAUAUUACUAAACGAUUAUCACUGCCUGCAGAUCUCCGUCUUCCAGAAAGUUUUCUUGCCAAACAAUCUAUUGGUCCUAUUUUAGAUGGUCCCCUUAGCCGAUCAAUGAGAAGGCAGUCAUUGUCUGAAAUUGGAUUUGGUAGAAUGGAAACUUAUACAAAGUUAGAUAAACUUGGUGAGGGUACAUAUGCAACUGUUUUUAAAGGGAAAAGUCGUUUAACAGGUAAUUUAGUAGCACUUAAAGAAAUACGCAUAGAACACGAAGAAGGAGCGCCUUGUACUGCCAUACGUGAAGUUUCUCUCUUGAAAGAUUUAAGGCACAAUAAUAUAGUCACACUUCAUGAUAUAGUCCACACAGAAAAAUCUCUAACUUUAGUAUUUGAAUAUUUGAAAAAGAAUAUCUAUAUAUAUAAAAAUGAAUGUAUGUCUGUGUGUCCUUUAUGCAUUACCAAGAUAUUUCUUUUACAAUUACUUCGGGGUCUUGCUUACUGUCACAAAAGAAAAGUCCUUCAUCGUGAUCUCAAACCACAGAAUCUACUUAUUAGUGACAGAGGAGAACUGAAGUUAGCAGAUUUUGGCUUAGCAAGAGCAAAAUCUGUACCUACCAAAACAUAUUCCAAUGAAGUAGUUACAUUAUGGUAUCGGCCACCAGACGUCUUGUUAGGUUCAACCGAUUAUACAACUUCGAUAGAUAUGUGGGGCGUAGGUUGUAUAUUUUAUGAAAUGGCUAAAGGAAAACCAUUAUUUCCUGGUUCGACUGUUGAACAUCAGCUACAUGUAAUUUUUCAAAUGCUGGGAGUUCCAAAUGAGGAGAUUCCAAAUAUUAGCAACAAUGAAAUAUUUCAGAAUUACGAGUUUCCAAAAUAUAAACCUGAGUCUCUUGAACAGAAAGUUCCAAGACUUGAUACAGAUGGUAUCAAUUUAUUAACAAAUUUGUUAAAGUAUGAUCCUAAACAACGAAUUGGUGCAGCAGAAGCAUUGGAACAUUCUUAUUUUGAUGAUUUAGGUCCAAAUAUUCGUAAACUUCCUGACACUGCAUCAAUUUUUACUAUCCCAGGAAUACAAUUGAGAGAAAACCUUUGCAGAAGACCAUCGACUGCUCCAAUAUUGGAUACUGUUCGUAGAAGAAAGAGUAUGUUGUUAUAAUCAUGCCAUAAAAAUUCAUCUCUCUCAUUGGAACUCUGCUGGCAGACGCUGCGUUGUAUUUCUUAUAUUUAAUAAUCAAAGUCAGUGUAUAUUUCAAAAUUUUAUCAUUGUACAUAAUGAUAUUUAUAUCCAUGCCAAUAUCAGAUUCACUUCAGAUUCAAUCACCUAGUACCAUAGAAAUGUGCCAUUUAAGCAUGGAUUUAAUGUAAUGUUCCUGUUUUGUUUUUCUUGUGGCCUUAGAAUGAUAGAACUGUAAGUACCGAAGACAACCGUCACUGUAAAUAACAAAAAAUUACACAUACAUAAAUACAUACACACACGAUUCAUAAAUACACAUAUCCAAUAAUUUUUACAAUUUUUAUUUGUGUAUCUAGCUGUAAAUUUACAUUGCAAUAAAUUUAUCCUCCUAGAAACAUAUUAAAUUAGCCAAAAGUUCUGCUCAAUUGAUCAUCCCGUAUUUGUAUUAUAUCUCAUGUCUAUAAAGCACAAAUAUUGUUGCUGCUUGGCAUUAAUAAGCUUGGUGUUGGAACAUAUCACGAUGGAUUAAGGGAACCUACUGCUCAGCUCGCACGAGCACUUAUUUUUCGUCCUGCCGGGAAUUGACUUUAUCCACCCCUCUAGUGUAAAUAAUUUGUUGUGUCUACAAAUUAUAUUCACCUCUAUUCUUUGAUAUUGUACAUAAAUAUGCUCAAUGUUUUCUCCUAGCCUAUAUUGUUAGUUUUAUUCCUAUUUCUAUUUUCACUUUUCGGGUGCUACGGGCCUGGUCGCCGUAUAAGACAUUAGCUAAUUGGGAAAAAAACUGUAUAUUUCUACUGUACUUGUGUUAUCUGUGAUAAAUACUUUCUUGAUAAUUUUUAAAGUUUUAAGAGUUUUUCCCAUCUUUAUCGCAUGAAAUCGGUGCUUUUAAUUAGAUGGGAGUGGAAUAUAUAUGUAUUCCUGUACGUUGCAUAAUGUAAAUGCAAUUUAAUAUUGUU